GCUCGCACACACACACCCCAUUGAUCAAUAUUUGGCUGUCUUGCUGCAACUUGCUGCAGUCUUUUAAAGGAGUAGUAGAGAGAGAGAGGGAGAGAGAAAAGGAAACUGACAGGAAGGGGUAAGGAGCUACACAUGUCACAUGUGCUUUCUAAGACGGCCAGGAGCAUCUGCAGGCUGGAUCUGGUGGAGGAUGCUGCGGCAGGUGAUACACAGAGGGCUCCAGUCGUUUUUCUACAAGCUGGGCUUAUUCGUGAGCAGGCAUCCGGUGUUUUUCCUCACUGUGCCCGCAGUCCUGACCAUCAUCUUCGGCUUCAGCCUGCUCAACCGCUUCCAGCCUGACACUGACCUGGAGAGCCUGGUAGCCCCCAGCCACAGCCUGGCCAAGAUCGAGAGGAGCUUAGCCAGCAGCCUGUUCUCCCUCGAUCAAUCCAAAAGCCAGCUGUAUUCGGACUUGCACACCCCGGGGAGGUAUGGCAGGGUGAUUCUCCUCUCCAAACCCGGAGGCAAUAUUUUGCAUCAGGCUGAUGUGAUCCUGCAGAUCCACCGAGCCGUGCUGGAAAUGAAGGAUGGAAGGAGCAGUUUUAUUGGCCACCAGCUUGGAGGGGUCAUGGAAGUGCCCAACAGCAAGGACCAGAGAGUCAAAUCAGCCAGAGCCAUCCAAAUCACUUACUACCUCCAAACGUAUGGCUCUGUCACCCAGGACCUCAUUGGGGAGAAGUGGGAGAGUGAAUUCUGUAAACUGAUGCACAAGAUGCAGCUGGAUCACCAAGAUCUGCAGCUCUACUCGCUGGCGUCCUUCAGCCUCUGGAAGGACUUCCACCAGACCAGUCUCUUGGCCAGGGGCAAGAUUUUGGUGAGCCUGAUGCUGAUCCUCCUGACUGCUACCCUCUCGAGCUCCAUGAAGGACUGCCUGCGUAGCAAACCUUUCCUGGGACUCUUGGGAGUACUCACUAUCUGUAUUUCCAGUGUCACUGCGGCAGGGAUAUUUUUCAUUACUGAUGGAAAAUAUAAUUCUACUCUGUUGGGAAUCCCUUUCUUCGCUAUGGGUCAUGGAACCAAAGGAGUAUUUGAACUUCUUUCAGGAUGGCGUCGAACAAGAGAGAAUCUUCCAUUCAAGGACAGAGUAGCAGAUGCCUACUCAGAUGUCAUGGUGUCCUACACAAUGACAAGCUCCUUGUAUUUCAUAGCCUUUGGCAUGGGCGCAAGCCCUUUCACUAACAUUGAAGCUGUAAAAGUCUUCUGCCAGAACAUGUGUGUCUCCAUCCUGUUGAACUACUUCUAUAUCUUCUCAUUCUUUGGCUCCUGCCUGGUCUUUGCUGGCCAGUUGGAGCAGAACCGUUAUCACAGUAUCUUCUGCUGUAAAAUCCCUUCAGCAGAAUACCUGGACCGAAAGCCUGUGUGGUUCCAGACCAUGAUGAAUGAUGGUCAUCAACAUUCUUCUCAUCAUGAGACCAACCCAUACCAGCAUCACUUUAUCCAGCAUUUCCUCCGAGAGCAUUACAAUGAGUGGAUUACCAACAUCUACGUCAAGCCUUUUGUGGUGAUACUGUAUCUCAUCUAUGCCUCUUUCUCCUUUAUGGGGUGCUUACAGAUUAAUGAUGGAGCCAACAUUAUUAACCUUCUUGCCAGUGAGUCUCCAAGCGUCUCCUAUGCCCUCAUUCAGCAAAAGUACUUCAGCAACUACAGCCCGGUGAUAGGAUUCUAUAUUUAUGAACCUCUGGAGUACUGGAAUGGCACUGUGCAAGAAGACCUAAAAACACUGAGCCAAGGGUUCAACACAGUGUCCUGGAUCGAGCAGUAUUACCAGUUCCUUCGAGUGGGCAACAUCAGUGCAACUAACAAAAGUGACUUUAUCAGUAUCCUCCAGAGCUCCUUUUUAAAAAAGCCAGAAUUCCAGCACUUCAAAAAUGACAUCAUAUUCUCUAAAGCUGGAGAUGAGAAUAACAUAAUAGCUUCUCGUCUGUACCUGGUGGCCAGGACUAGUGAAAACACACAGAGGGAGGCAGUGGAAUUACUGGAGAAACUGAGACCACUCUCUCUUAUACAGAGCAUCAAGUUCAUAGUGUUCAACCCUACCUUUGUUUUCAUGGACCACUAUGGUUUAUCAGUAACUAUGCCUGUCCUGAUUUCUGGUUUUGGCAUCCUGCUGGUGUUAAUACUGACCUUUUUCCUGGUUAUCCAUCCUCUGGGAAAUUUCUGGUUAAUUCUCAGCGUCACCUCAAUAGAGCUGGGCGUCCUUGGCUUGAUGACCUUAUGGAAUGUAGACAUGGAUUGCAUUUCUAUACUGUGCCUUAUCUACACCUUGAAUUUUGCCAUAGACCACUGUGCACCCCUGCUUUAUACAUUUGUACUAGCUACUGAGCACACCCGAACUCAAUGUAUAAAGAACUCCCUCCAAGAGCAUGGGACAGCCAUUUUGCAGAACGUUUCUUCUUUUCUUAUUGGGUUGGUCCCCCUUCUCUUUGUGCCUUCAAACUUGACCUUCACACUGUUCAAAUGCUUGCUGCUUGCCGGCAGUUGCACACUUCUGCACUGUUUUGUUAUUUUGCCCGUCUUUCUAACCUUUUUCCCACCUUCCAAAAAGCACCACAAAAAAAAGAAACGAGCCAAAAGGAAGGAACGAGAAGAGAUCGAAUGCAUAGAGAUUCAGGAGAAUCCUGAUCACGUGACAGCGGUCUGAAAGGCGCAGAAAAAAUAAGAAUAUUUUCUCUUUUUAAAAAAAGUGUUGCACAGAGAUGCAGGGAAAAUAGAGCAAAGAUCUCAGCUGCUUGUGCUGGCCAGGUCUGACAAGGCAAAGGAAGAUCAAGAAGGGGUAUUCAUGACACAUCAAGGUGCAAACUGUUUUUAACAAAAAUAAUGAAAGUGAAAACAACCACAGAUAUUUCCUUUGAAUUCUCAUUCUCCACCAGGGAAGAGUUUAUUGGCCAUUAAAUGUUUCUGAGUAUCAAACUGUAGCUCUAACGGGAAUUGCUUGAUCUGUCAUACUUAAGACUGAAGCAAAGGUGGAAAAAAAAGUUACCAUUAAGUAAACAGUAGGGGAAAAAGAGAAUACUUUGAUAAAAUUGCCCAGAGCAAAACAAAACAGAACAAAACAAAGAAAAACAAAAAGCAUUUCAAGCGAGAAAAGGGAACAAAACCUAAAAAUGUCAUGGUAUUGUUCCUUUUCUUGAGCAAGUAAAGAUAAAACCUAUGCACUUGGGAAGUAGGUGUUUAAAUCAGCCUAAGCCAAAGUACUUCCCAAUUUCAGUAUACCAUGUAUAUCUAUAACAUCACAGUUACAGUUAAUGUGAAUUUCAAUGGCAAAGCUGAACUGCCAAGGGAGAGAAAUCCUGUUCAUAUAGGAGAAGAAAUUGCAGUAGGUCAUUUGGAAAUGCAAUGUUUAGUUUCUUUAAAAGUGACAGAUGACAUUUAUCCCAAGUGGUCACAACUGGCAGUUGCCUCCAUACCUGCACUUGGGUAUUUCUGAAUUGCAAAAUUCCCCUUGAAGUAACAGAUGCCACGAAACCAACCCAGGCCAUUACCACUGCAGCAAUGCUUGCAGUUCCUGCCGUGUAACACUUUGAAUCCUCAUUUAUCAGUGUUGACAUGAGAUACUGAAUAUUAAUCAAGUCGGUGCUUUAAAUGUAAUGAUGGAUUGCAUAUCACAGACACAAUGUGACUGUGUUACAGCUGAGUCAGCUCUGGAGCACCCACACAGUACUAUCAUUAUGUAUUUGGUCCAACAGACAAAGGGGUAUGUUUGAUGAUCCCUGCAAUAUGCUGCAGGAAGUGGGAUUUUCCCCUUCUUUAAGCAGAACAUCAGUCAAACAUUUGCUAUAUUAGAUUAAAUAACAACGAUUAUGAAAAUCCUUGGGGUUUUCAUAGGACUGAAGAAACUCCCAGUUGUAAAAAGACAGAUCAGUCCCCCAAGGGAAGGGGAGGGGAGGGAGGAAUGUCUUUAUUAUUAUUCCUAAAUAUUUGAGUGCCGAUUGUCUGCAAUACAAAGCUUUGUUCUGGCAGUUGAAAUCUCACAAAAGAAUGUGGUAAAUCCACAGUAACUACAUGAUGAUGGAAAUUAUACUGUAAAGAACCGUGAAUGACUGUCUCUGCUUUGUAAACUAUACAGUUUAGUAACCCAAGAGAAGGGAUGAAAACUAAUCUAGCCAUUUCAGUUUGCUCUUGGCCCAGUCCUCCACUGGAGCUUGCCAUCUCCAUCUUCUCUUCCAGUACUUUAAAAGGGCUUGCUUUCUACUCUCUGGAAUAUGGUAUAGCAUCACCUACAUGAGCAAUGUCUUCCUGAAUAUAUAGUAUCCGUGAGGACACUAUGUAAAGAUAUCACUGUAUGGAGUGUUUGUGUCUGCUUUGUAUUACUUGUGGGUACAUUUAAAGAUGUCUGGAAGCCAUUUGCCUUCCGCAAUGUGUAUUCGUGUUUGUUCGUGGAUGGUCAACUGAGUCUGCAGAGUUUGCUGAUGAGGGUUUGUACAUGCAUUUCUCUAAAAAGCUCUCUGCAAAUUGAUCCUUUGUUCUGUGACAUCUCCCACCUCUUCCUACUGUUUCAUUGUUGGGGAGAGCCAGAGGAAAUUCACCUGCAGCACAAAAAGCCAUUGCAGAUCUAAUGCUCGUCAGCUGUUUCUGUUUUUAAGAUAUGCAGUUUUUCCUCUUCUCUGUCCUUUCUGUAUUUUGCCAUUUCCAUUUGCCAAAAAAAUGACCUCUGUGUUAUAAGAGUGGUCAGAGUUCUUGAUUGUUCGAGGGACCUUUUGUGUGCAACAAGUUUUAGGGAAAGAUACAUUUUCUAGACAGGCAAAGCUUCCAAAGUUUGAAUCCAGAUCUAAACUUCAGGUAUAUCUAGAUCAAGGUUAUUGGUUUGACCCGAGAUAUUGAAAGAGUCAGCUGCAAAACUAAGAUCUAGAUAUUUCAGUAAGAUUUAGGAGCGGGGGAUGUUUCAAUGUUGAGGUAUGGCUCAUAGGCAUCCCUUGUUGGGAAGAACUUACUGACUUUGAUCUGCAUCUCAAAGACAUUGUGCAAUAUCCAUCCUUUUUAGGUUCUGAAUGCCAAGUUUUCCGUGGCUCUUCUAAGGUUUCCUCCACUGUCUAUACAAAAUCUGACUAUUAUAGCACAACUGUGAGCCCUGGGUAUCACUUCUGGAGAUGUCCUUUUUCUCACCUGCCCCAUGCAUCACAAUGGCCUUCUCUGGUUCCACACAGAUGUAUCCUGAGAAUCUCUGCUGAGUAUUGUAUUGAAGGAAGUAGCGUUUUCCAAAGCCAUCAAAGCAGGGAUUCAUCUCAUCUAACAUUGGAUGUUGACUGCUGAAGAUAUUAUUAACUGAGCUUCUUUUGUGGUCAUAAUAGAGAGACAGGCAGCUGUGACCCAUUUUACAGCUGUGCGUGAAUCACACCUCUAAAAUGCCUGUUUCUACCCACUGGUGAUAAAGGAAGCUCUGAGUGUUUACUUCAAGCACAUCAGCAAUGCCAGCUCAUCCAAGUUUGGUGAGAUUAACCCCACUUAAAGUGUUCAAAUACCAAGUGAAAGAGAACAGAAAAAGGCCUUAGAGUCUUGUCUCCCAAGCAUCUAUUUUAGGGAUAAUUCCCUGGUGUAACUCAGCUCAAAGUCUGCGAUUGGAUAUGAGGACUUCAUGCAGAACAGAGCUUAUAAAUUUGCUGCUGGAAUUUGCUGCAGAGAUUGGUGAGCCAAGAUGUCAAUGCUGAGGACGUGCUCACACGUGGUGGUCGCAAUAUCAUGCGUGUGCAGCAGCACCUGUAUACAGCAGGCACAAAACAUGCAGAUUACACCCUUUAAAAAGGAGGUUUUGAUUUUGAAGGUAACGCAGGAGUAGAGCACAAAACAAACAGACCCUUCACUGAUGUCAUUUUGUUAUUUUAUCUAUCAGUCCUUUUGCAGGAAAGAACAUUGCCGCUGCUACUUAUGCAGAUAUAUCACUCUCUAUGGACUCAGAAAAACUUCUCAAGCGAGAAAAGAUAUCAUUUUCUUCUUUAAUUCAGUCAUAUGAGAGCAAUUUUGGGGCGGAAAGAACGUACUUAUUAAUGUCUUCCCAUUCUUUUUGUUCUUCUUGCGAUGCUUUUGAAUAUUUUCUACCCUCUUCUGCACCCACACAGCACCUGUUCAGCUGAACUGGAGCUGCAUAAGCAACAGUGAAGACAGGACGUAGUGCACAUACCCAAGCAGGAUGACACUCUGAUCCAAGCUAGGUAUUGGAUCUUCUUUAUAACCUUCUUACCAUUUACAGUAGGUCCCUGGGGUAUUGCACAUAUUCCAUUAACGUCUGUUUCUAGACAUAGUCUACAUAAGCUGGUAAGGACCCUGCGUGCAUUUUCCUACUGGGUUUGAUUUCAUUCCCCCAAUCUGUUGAAGUCAACAGAUUUAUUGCCAAAAUAUAUCUGGCUCUGCAUGCUUUUUAGCCAGUAAGAAAUGAAACCACAACAAAUGGACGUCUUCAUUGUUGAUAUGCUUGUUGAAUAUAUCUGCCUAUACUAUACAGCCAUUGUUGCAUGCUGUGUUCAGGAAGCUGAAGUGGAGGUGUCCUGUGUAAUUUUUUCCAUUACACUUUUCCAUGCAAGUAGUUCUAACUGUAAUUUACGCCUCUGUCUUCUUUGUAAGAAUUAGGGCUUCACCUCUGUAGUUCAGUACUUGAAGUUUCAUAAAUUUAUUGCCUAACAAAGUGACAAAUUUUUAUGAUCAGGAUAGGUACAAAUGCAUGGCACCUUGCAUGUAUAGUUUAAAGAGAUUGUCUUCUAAACUGUCAUUCUCAGCUUUUUAUUUCAGAAGAUUCCUAAGCAGGAUGGAUGAAACUUGCCAUGCUAAUAUCUUGCUGAGCUAACUUAAGCAACUUUAGGUUUGAAUUUUUCUGCAGCAAGAUGGAAAGUCUGGGGGGGAAGAAGAAAUAUGAAGUAAAAUAAUUGUAUAAUCAGUAUUCCCUUUUUUCCCAAAAGGCUCUCACUGUUCUGCUCUUAAUUAAGUCACACUGAGUAGUGACUCUAGCUUAAUUAAGAUUUAUUUCAAUAGAGUUAUUCCACAUUUCACUAUGACAAGAGCUUGGCUUAUUGUCUUUAUGGAAGCACCAUGCUAAGUCUCCUUGGUUUUUAUUUAUUUAUUUAUUUAUUUUGGUAAUUAUGAAUUUUAAUCAGUUCUUUUUCAUUGCAACACUAGGUUUUUGAGUACUUCAAGCCCUCAUUUGAUGUUCUGGGAAACACUAAGAGGAAGCAAAGUUAAGCAAUUAGGGAACAAGUGAUGUGUUGGUGUUAUGGAGCAGGGAUACUUUGUGAAGGGGCAGCGUAUCCUCCACAAAGGCUCCAAACACAGAAUGAUGUUAGGGCUGUCUCAAGGAAUGUUCUAGAUUAAAGUGAAAGUUCCAGAUUAAAGUGAAAUGGAAACUAAGUGGAGCAAGUGGUGUGGAGGAUGAAGUAAUCAAGCAAUAGUCAGGAUUUUGAUUCAUGGUUUGUAACAUCUUACCCAAGCAAGGAGGCAUUUGAACAGGAAUGAAACUGGAUAUGGAAAGCAGCUCAUCCAUCAACCAGAAUGCUUCAUUGCACCGUAAACUUGCAUAAAAGAACACCACAGACCAAGCACACCUCAAUAUGAGUCACUCCAAAACCUGUUUUCUUCUUGGAGCAAGGAAGGAAUCCCAUCUUGGGUUUCACACACCUGUGGGAAGGAAAUUCAAAGCUUCGGUGGCGUUCUGUGAGAGAUCCCCACUUCUCAUGCCAUAGCCCCACACAUCAUCCCAACUGCCUGGCACUGGAGAGAUGCAACUUCUGAUCAUAUUAGUCAGGCAGAAGCAAGAUCUUGGUAAGAUUUUCCUCUUAAUCCACAGGGCUUUCUUCUUUCUAUCUCCUUCACUGCUUAAAAGCAAAUGAUCUGUUGUGAAAUUUGGAUGCUCAUCUGUGUCAGUGUGUAACGUUGCUGCUUAACCAUGGCUUGAUGUGGGCUGUGGGUUUUCAGACAAAACAGAGGGAUCUGAUAUCCUUUCAGCAGUCAAAAGCCUGCUGAAAUAAAGGAAGUGUGAAGCAGUUUAGAACUUUCCUUGCUUUCCCUGUCUCCUAUCAGCCAUACCAACAUGUUCACACUAUUCUCAUUUUCAUCAUGCUUCCUCAUUAAAAAAAGUAAAGUUUCUCCUUCUCACUCCCUCAGGCUAUCUUCCCUUUGCAGCUCAACUUAUUUUGUACUUUAAUCAUCUAUGUACACUCUUAACCUCUUCAAAAUUUUUCUUUUUAACUUCUUCUUGAAAAAACUGAAUGUGCAACCCUGUUGAAAUAACUGGAGGAUGCUCGGAUGCAUCAAAGCACUGGGUCUGGUACAGACCUAGUUAAUUAAUAACAGUACCCAAAUAGCUCAAAACAUUCUUCAAACAGAAUAUUGUCUGUAAGAAAGCUCAGAAAAUAAUUAGGAUUAAUUUUUCAUUUUUCUGCACUUUUUAUCUCAUAAACUUCUACUCUUUGUAUUCUUUUCACUGAAGGAAUUUUGUUUUCAGCGCUCCUUUAUCUUAAAAGGCCUAGCUUUUCUUUGGUUCUGUCUCAGAAACAGAGCUAAAUGGAUAUUUGUUCAUGCCCUGAAAAAGAAAAUACUCUCCCUGCUGGGAGCAUUUUGUGCCAAGUUUCUGUUCAGAGCACAUUUUCCAGGCUGAAUUAUACAAGGCUCUGGAAGCAAGUCCUUCCAGUGGAAAUGCUGAUACAGCCGCACUAGAAAAAAUUAAUGGUACUUCAACAGUAUGCUGCUUAACUUCAGCCUCAGUGCAUCAGCCUGCUGGGUACUGCAGGCAGUGCUUCUAACACAGAUUGAUAACGGUGUCACCAUGACCUGCAGCAGCAGCACCUCGGCUGUGCCAGCGGCGCGGUGCUCCUCGGCACACACCCGAUUCCGCCCCGUUUAUGUACUAAAAUCCUGAAGGCAUUAGCACAGCUUCUGCUGGAGAAGGAUGUAUUCCAGGAGAAGGCAGUGUGGCAGCCCCUUGCUGCAGACCUGCUUCACAGCCCAGGCGCUGUGGGGUUUUGCACUGGGUUCCUAAGGAACAAGAGCAUCAUUUUUGAGUCAAUAAGCCACUUGAGAACAAAUCAUGGAAUCAUUUAUAUUCAGUUACAGAUACAAUUUCUUUAUGUGACAGUUUGAACAGGAAUGUCAGCGUAUGAAGAGUCUCCAUGAGUAGAGGAAUCUUGGUCCAAACAUGUAAUACUUUUAUAUGUUUCUAUUGCAGUUCUGGCAUAAUGCAUCUUUGAUCUUAUUUCGUUCCAUCAGAAAGGACUAGACUUUGCACACUUGUUGUACCGAAGACAAACCCACAUCUACACCAGGUCCUAAAAGCCAGAAGCAGCCUUUCUCUGGGGGACGCCCCACUGGUUUCAGAUCCGUGCUGCAGCUGCUGCUGCUUCUGGCAGCAGAGAGGUUGGCACAUUCAUAUUCAGAGAUGUGUAUGCACAGAUAUCAAACCUGUGGGAUUUGUGGGACGUGUGAUUUUGUUUUAUCUCUAUAAAGAAUAACAGUGAUGUUUCAAGAUCUAUUCUGCAACCAGACAGCUUUCCAUCAUGAGAUAGAAAAGCAGAGGUGCCUGCUCCUGGGAUAGCUUCAGACAGGGAUUGUCCAGCUGUGCAGGACCCAGCAGUGACUGCAUCUGGGUCUGCCUGAGAGCUGGAUCUCUUCUGACUCCUCAGAAAGCCACGUGUAUAAAACAAUUCUCUGCUGACCUCAGUCAUAGAAUCAUCGAAUCAUCAUAGAAUCCCAGCAUGGCCUGGGUUGCAAAGGCCCACAGCGCUCCUCCAGUCCCAGCCCCCUGCUGUGUGCAGGUCACCAACCAGCAGCCCAGGCUGCCCAGAGCCACAUCCAGCCUGGCCUUGAAUGCCUGCAGGGAUGGGGCAUCCACAGCCUCCUUGGGCAACCUGUGCCAGUGCCUCACCACCCUCUGAGUCCUGGGUGUGAGGGAGGAACAGAAUCCCAGAAGUUAAGGCUCAGUCCCUUAGCUGGGGGAAUUGCCUUGAGAGGUGGUUCCAGGCUAUGGCAUGACACAGGAAUUCAUCUUCAAGCCCAUCCAAUCUCCAGGGAAGUCUGACCUGGAAAGCUGACUCUUCCCUGGCAGUUUCCAGGGAUGCUCUGGGCACUGCCAUGUCCCACAGCCCUCUCCCACCAGACUGUCUGCUUGCAGUUACCUAUUUUUCAGAUCAUAGAACAGCCCAGCAGCAUCGACACUGGCACACACUGACAUGCCAGCCUCCACCAGGGUCUGAGAGCACCCCCUGCCAAUGCUUGGUGUAGUAGCAAAGCUAUAGCUUUAGAGCUGGAUGCUGCCUAUACAGUACUGGAGUUUUACUUGUGAAGAUCUUAAUCUGGCAUAGCACUCAGCUAAAUGGCUUCGUUUAAUCAAAUUCUUAAGUCUCGUGGACUGAGUCAUCUUUGGAGUUAAGCAUGUGUUUAAGUACCGAGCUAAAUAAGGAUGCUCUUAUCUCUGCUUCCAUUUAAAUAUGAGCUGAGUAGAAAAAGAGACCUUAAAAGAAAAGGCCUUUCUUCCAUAACAUACUAAAUCCUACAAUUACAGUAUCAGUUUCACAAUAUAUAGGAAGACUAUGCCAAGAACAUAUAUUUUUCAGGGUUCCAAUUUCCCUGAUGUGAGACAUCUCAGGGACAUUUUAGUGAUUUGUUAGAGUCAUAAAAGGCAGGCAAGAACAAAGCCUUGCUGAGCACUUUUCUUGGAAAAAUAACAAGAAGAUAUUUGACUCGGAAUGAGAAUAUGGUAUUUUAUGAUGUUAAAGCUCAUUUUUAAAAGAAAAAAAAAUGAAACUUUCAUUUAAUGUCAUUCAUUAUUUCUUUCAAGUGACAUUCUGGAGAAGUGCCGGAUGAGCCUCUAUUACAGAUCAGAGAGGAAUUGCUUGAUGAAGUUGAAGCCAGCUUUGUCAGUAAAAAGAAAAACUGGCUUUGUGCCCAGUGUAGAACUUGUCAUGGCAUCAUCUGUUGCUUUCUAAUUCAACUAAAUGAAUGGUGACAUGAAUGGAACAGAAGUGGAAAGUAAUACCGUACAAACCCUUGGGCUGCACAGGGUAAGGGACACCUGUGUACAUCUGGAAGAGAGACCAGGUCCCCAUUCCUGCAAAAGCAGAUACUACUGCCAAGCCACAAACACUGGGAAUAACCCCUCUGGCUUCAGUAAAGUCAUCAGGAUCUAUGAAGGUAUUCAUAUAAGCCUUUUACGGGCUGAUAAGAGACAAGCAGAUAUUCUCAUCUUAAAAGGGUAUUUCUUCCACCUCAAAUGGUUCAGUGUAACUCUGCUGUUUCUUAAGAAAUCAAAAGCUUUCAAAAACCCUAAAAUGUCAAGCUCAAUAGCAGCAUAGGCUCCAUAAAUGUAUAAGAGUCCAAUGACAAAUGGUAUCUCUCCAGGAAACGAGUCUUUCCCUGAGAUGUCUGCAGCCAACCUGUUAGGGAAGGGUCCAACCACAGCAAAGGGAAAUAGUGGAAUGCAUCCAUCCUAGAUCAGGCACACUCAGAGCAGACAGCCUGGUUGUUAGGGCCAGAAGUGGGCACUGCAUGGCUCCUUUAGCAGGAGGCCAUGUGGACAUCCAGCAGCAGCUCCUGGUGAGCAGCCCAGGGUGGGUGGUGGAUACACACCUGCUGUGGUGCCAGGUUCAUCCCUGCGUUCACAGAAAGUGCAGUGAAGAUGGUGACAAACCUUCCGAGACGAUGGGCAACGAUCAGUUCAAGUGUUGGCUGUGCCUGGGGGAGGGCUUCUUUACCAGGUGGUGGGGGCUCUGGGAUGGGAGCUGGAUGGACAGAACAUGGCAAGUCAGUGGUUGUGAGCAGCCAGGUGUAGUGCAGGGCGAGAAUGCCAAACUGGCUGAUUAGGCCAGAGCUGCAGGGGCAGAUGAAGGGCAUUUCUUCCAAACGUUAUUUACGUCCAUUUACACUCUAAUUAAAUGUCAUGUUUGUUCUUUCUUUAAGCCCAUGGUGAUCAGCUUUUCUAUCCCCGUUUAAGUUGUAGAAAUUUGCUUAACCUUUCCUUGUAUGAAUUUGGCAUUAGGUGUUUAAUUACUGAAAUUUCUCAGGUGUGGGCAACUUUACUAUGCUACGAAUAAACACCGUGAGUCAAUAUUGUUUUUUCCUCCCUCAUAAAGCUCCCUUGUUGCUGGAAACUGUUAAUAUUUUUCAAGAUUAUGCCAUGAGCAUAUUUGUAUAACAGACUUUUACUGAGCUUGAUACUCUAUACCAAAUACUUACGUCUUUGAAAGACUGAAUUCUUCAAUAAAGUAUAUUCCUCUUUAAUAUUGGAAUUUUCCCUUUCUUUAAUGGGAAGAUAUUCAGUAUUAAUGCAUAUCACAGGAUCAAUUUGUCAAGAAACAUCUUUCCUCACAUUUAGUCUAAAAGUAAACACACAGUGUGGGCAGAACCAGGAAACCUCACAAGGAGCGCUGGGCAUCUUAGAGACUGGGAAGUGUGGGUGAUGGGAUUGGCAGCCCUGAGCUGGCAUAUGGGCCCUCACACACCGUGGCAGAUUAUCUAUUUACAGCUGCCCUGAAGCCAUGCUGGAUAUUUCCCAGAGCUGAGCAGGUAAUUGCCUCCACAGGACGUGACCCGGUUCCUCCCUUCCCCGCUGCUCAUGCCAACGUCUCCUUUCUCACCAAGUUUUCUCUGAGCCUUGCUUCUCCCUUCCACAACUCUGGUAAUAUUCAGCCUCUUUAACAUUAAAGGCAGCGUUGAUCAGCUUUCCCUGAUCAGCCCUGGGAAGCCGAGGGAACCUGACCCUGUGGUGAUCAACGCUGUCCAUCUGCCUCUGUGCUAUCACUUCUGUUGUUUUGAUAGUAAUGCAUAAUAAUAUUUGGAGAGGGCAUGUGACCCAGCACACAGACCUGUCCCUCCUCGUCAGGCUGCUUUCUGCAGGUACACAGAAUGGCUAGAAUGGCUUGGGUUGGAAGGAAUCUUUAAGAUAUCUACUUCCACCUGUCCUGCCCUGGGCACUUCUUUCCCAUUCUGUCACCAUUUCCCCAGGUAACUCUUCCAUCCCAGAGGUCUCAGGAGGCACUGAAGAGUGACACUGCUGGAGAGCCACCUCUGCUGGCUGCUGCGGUGUCACUCGCCGUGCUGAAAGAAAAGCAGGAAGUUCUCAUUUCCUGAGGUGAAAUGCUAACUUUUGGGUCCUGAGGUCAUCAAACGCUGUAGAACCCUGGAUAAUACUGAGUGAAAGAAAUGCAUGCGAGAAAUACUACAUUGAAGUUCUUCAGACGAAUUGCAAGAAGUCAUGAAAUAUUAUUUGUUGCCAAAAUUCUACAGCACAUGGUGCAACUCACUAAUCAGACAGCAGCAAUUUGCCAUAAUUCUGCUAGGAAUUCAGGAACUGCAUCUUCUGGUCAUGGUUAGCCUACAUGAUAGACCCUCAGCAGCAUCAACACAUCUGUAUGGGCCUCAGGUCAAACAUCCUCCUAUUCAUCAAUUGCAGAGUUCCCCAUUCUGCAUAUCAACUACCUUAUCAGAAAGAUUCCUGAAUGCACAGCCAAGAAUCUCAGCUGAUGUCAGUCCUCCUGCAUGGUAUAACAGCAAAUGAAGCUUGCUUGCUCGCCUACUGAUGAUUUUGUCCUCAAGUUUUGCUCUCUGACAUCUGGCUGCUAUACCACAGUUUAACCAACUCACUCAGUAGCACUUUUUUCCAGUAGCAGUCAUUUUUUCCAUUUUCAGUUUUUAUUUAAGUGUUUUGAUCUGAGCUACACAAUGUUCCCCAUUCCUCCAUUCUUCUUAUUUUAUUGCACAUCUUUGAAGGUGAAACAAAGAGACAUAAUCUUCCUUUACCAGGGCUAUUUACUCCACCUCCCUUGGGGCUGCGUGUUCAUGAAAGCCAUCAGAAUGCAGCAGAGCAGCUGCUGGCCCAGGGGCUCCAGCUUUCCAUGAAACCAGGUCCAGCCUCACCUUGACAGUCUCCAGGGAUCAACCACAUCACUGGGCAUCCUGUUCCAGUGCCUCACCACCCUCACUGAGAAGGAUUUUUCCUUAUAUCUGACCCAAAUCUAUUCUCCUUGAACUUGAAGACAUUUCCCCUUGUUCUGUCACCACAGACCCUGCUAAAGAGUCUGCCCCCUUCUUUCCUGUAGCUCGCCUUUGGAUACUGCCAGACUGCUCUCAGGUCACCUUGCAGCCUUCUCUUCUGUGAUGAAGUCACAGAAGGAUAUUCAGGUUUUCCAGUUUUAGCCUGCAUUGGUACUUUCACUGCUCUGCUGCAAUGAAGGUGUCCCAGUCUAUGUUCCAGUGUUUUGUAGCAGAUUAUUCUUGGUCUCACCAGAGCUGUGGUGCCCCAUCCCUGGAGGUGGUGGAGGCUGUGGAUGGGCUCUGGGCAGCCUGAGCUGGGGACACAGCCUAUGGCAGAGGGUGGGACUGGAUGAUUUUUAAGGUCUUCUCCAACCCAAGAUACGUUUCUGUGAUUCUGUAAUUUCGUUUGGGAAUGCUGCAGUUCUGUUUAAGGCUGUUUCUCAAUCUGGACUUUAAAUGAAUCCAACUACAUAGUGCUCUUCCCUAAGAUGUGUUGCAGAGACACAAGUGCAGCUUGUGCAGACCUACCUGAAUUACUUCUAGGGGUGCAAACCAAACACCUCUGAGAAGCUGGGGAAGUGCCCCAACUCUCUGUCAUCCCUUUUAUCUGUGUUAUUGCUGUUCAAACCAGUUUAAUCUGCAACUCCCACACAUUGCAGCACUUGGGUUUUGUGCAGUGCCAACAGGGCAGGGCAGUGCAGUCCGAAUGCAAAGGGUUGCUGUGCUCUUCUCUUCUUCAAGCCAUGAGAUGUGCUCACUGCAUAUCUUAGAUGUAUGAUCAGUCCAUGUGAAGCAACUUUUCAACUACCAUGAUGCAACGAUCAGAGGAACAGUGUGAGAUGCAUUGACAAACUGCCACCAUAUGAAAAGUGAUAGUUUCUUGCUCUCGUUAGUCAGGUUAGUAGUUUUACCAACUAUAGAACUGGACAGCUUGAACAGGGCUGCAUGAUACCCAGCUAGGAAUUUGUUGUACGAAUCAUUCUCAAUAUUUAAAAACAUUUCCAGGGUGUCAUCAGGGUUUGCUAGAUUUGAGAUUGAUUUCUUGCAGCAGGUCAGGAAACGUGUUCACAAGAGAUGUGCCAGCAUGCAACUCCGAAGAGCACGAGCAGGGAUGGAAAAAUACAAGACUUAAUGUCACACUGUUUUUAUUUCUUUCACACAAUCAGAGCUGCCCUAAUCAUCUCAAUCUGGGCCAGGUUAAUUGGAGACUUUCAGCCAUGAGUCAGACUGGUACGUUGUCUGCAUCUUUGCUAAUUAAGAGAAUUUUCACCUUUUAUAGUCGCUUUGGUAUUCAGAGGAGCUUGCCGUGGGCUAAUUAUAAUCAUUGAGUGAUGGCUUUAGAAUUUCAUCUUUGUGAUGAUAUUCUGUCACAUUAAAUUGGAGUCCCGUAACACUUUUUAGCUUUGAGUGAUAGACAAGAAGGUCAUUUCCAUGCUGGCUGUUAUCCACUAUUCCAGUUGAGUCAAUAGCAGGCUUCUACAAUGCUUUCUGCAAAUAAAUGCACUCAGAACCACAGCAAUCUUCUACUCUUUGGCUGAGGAGAUCAGAAAUCCAGCUGAUUACUGGCACAGGAAGUCAAAAAUAUCGAGUUCAAGAUACACAGUACGACUCAUUAACUUUCAUUCCCCAGACUUUGUGCUCUCUGGGAUAACUGGGUAACAGGGUAUCAAGGGGCUGGAAGGAAUGAAGCGAGG